GGGGGUGUGGAGGGAGCCGGGAUCAGCCAGGGGCCAGCAUGAGCCAGAGGGAGGGAAGUCUGGAAGAACCCAAGGCUGAGUCCUCAAUCUCACUGCUUCCCCACUUGGAGGCCAAGAUCCGGCAGACACACAGCCUUGCCCGCCUCCUCACCAAAUACGCUGAGCAGCUGCUCCAGGAAUAUGUGCAGCACCAGGGAGAGCCCUUCGGGCUGCCAGGCUUCUCCCCGCCCCGGCUGCCGGUGGCAGGCCUGAGCGCCCCGGCACCAGGCCACGCGGGGCUGCCGGUGCCCGAGCGGCUGCGGCUGGACGCCGCGGCGCUGGCCGCGCUGCCCGUGCUGCUGGAUGGCGUGCGCCGCCGCCAGGCCGAACUGAACCCGCGCGCGCCGCGCCUGUUGCGGCGCUUGGAAGAAGCGGCGCGCCAGGCCCGGGCCCUGGGAGCCGCCGUGGAGACCGUGCUGGCCGCGCUGGGCGCUUCGGCCCAUGGUUCCCAGGGUUCCCCGACCGAGGCGGCCACCGCAGCCGCCCCCGCCCCCGCCCCCGGGGGGUUCUCGGCCAAAGUGCUGGGGCUCCACGUGUGUGGCCUGUACGGCGAGUGGGUGAGCCGCACCGAGGGUGACCUGGGCCAGCUGGUGUCCGGGGCUCCUGCCUGACGGCAGACACCAGAGCAGUUGGCUUUGUGCCUUCCUCAUCUCUAGAUUCUUGUCUUCUCGGAGAACGCGCCUGUCCCAUCUUUUUCAGCUUUCUCUCCUUUUUUUUUUUUGUUUUUGUUUUGUUUUUUUGUUGGGUCCUUUAUUACCGGGUCUCUUGGGGGGGAAUCUCCCUGUCUCUCCUUUUCCUCAUCUACCAUGUGGAUAAGGUAUCCAUCUCAAUCUCCUCUCCUGGAGGUGGUUGAUGUUGAUGCUUGGUCUCUGUUUCUGAUCAUCUUUGUCCUUCUCUGGAUGAGAAAGUGUCUGCUAGUCCUGUAGUGAGACAGCUUCUCCAUCCCAAACUUCAGCCCACCUUCCUCAGGGUCAUCCUCCUGCUGUGCUGAUCCACACCCCCCCCAUAUACACACACCCCUUAAGGCACCUGUCCUCCUCCCUGGAUGUCCUGCUUUCUGUCCCCCGUGCCCAGUCCCUACACUCCUAUCCAGGUCUGUGUAAGAAAAGGUGACACCUUGAACAAGUUUUAUUUGAGAAUAAAUAUUUUCUUUGUAAAUAAAACAUUUAAAAAUAAACUGAAAAUUAACUGUUGCUAAACAUGAA